AUGCCGAAAAUGAAAUUCUAUGGUGAUCGACCGCAGUCAUUUUCUAUUGAUGAUUCGGGGGAGCGUUACUACAUCGGUGCUGAGGUGGGACAGUACAUGCGAUAUCACCGUGGUUCGUUAUACAAAAGGUUUCCACAAUUAUGGAAACGUAUGGCAACUUUGGAAGAGAAACGGAAGAUGCAAGAAAUGGCUUGUCCAUCAUCUUUCUUAAAUACUAAUAUUAUGCUAGUGAAGGCUUGUGAGGUUGAUGAAAUCUUGAUGGGAAAUGAAGAGAAGUACCGUGCGGGAGGCACUGGUACAGCAAAUAGUGGUAUGUCAUCAGGUAGUACCACUGCUCUUAAUGGUACUCCAAUGAAAUCAACGCGGUCUGGAACAGGACCAUGGCUUGGACAGCAAGUAAGCAGCGGUUCACAUCAUCUAGAAAGUGUUCCUUGUUCUACACCAGUGGCACAUGCACGUGGGCAUAUGAAAACGCGUGAUUUCGCUUCGUCACCAGAUGAUCUGGAGAUGUAUAAAAGAAUUUUGGACAAUGCUGACCAAUCUGAGGAGCUAAUACCUAUAAGGUUGGAUAUGGAAUUGGAGGGUGUGAAGCUCCGCGAUACAUUUUGUUAUAAUCGCAACGAAAAACUGAUAACGCCAGAAAUUCUGGCUGAAACAAUGUGUGAUGAUCUCGAUUUACCCACAGGAACUUUUCAGAAUGCCAUUGCGCAAGCUAUACAUCAGCAAAUUGAGGCGGCAGGGGAAGCGGCUCCUGUCGAUACGGCAUUAAGUGAUCAGCGAGCAUUAUUAAAGUUGAAUAUUCAUGUCGGUAAUCAGUCUUUGGUUGAUCAAUUUGAGUGGGACAUGAGUGAAGAGAUGAACAAUCCGGAAUGGUUCGCUUCAAAAUUAGCUUCUGAAUUGGGCCUUGGAGGAGAAUUUGUUGCUGCAAUAAGUUAUUCUAUCCGCGGGCAGUUAUCAUGGAAUCAAAAAACCUAUGCCUAUAGUGAGUCUCCUUUGCCAACGGUAGAUUGCCCGUUUCGGAAUCCUGCAGAUGCUGAUGUUUGGGGACCAUUCUUGGAAACACUUACGGAUGCUGAAAUCGAAAAGAAAAUGCGUGAUCAAGAUCGUAAUACACGUCGUAUGAGGCGACUAGUGAAUGCAAAUCCUUAUGGCGGUCUUUAA